CAGUGGUAAACAGACGUCAGAAGGGAGUCUUCGCUUCGAGUCAAAACAAAACAAAACAAAACAAACAAAACAAAAAAGAUACUGGAUGUAUGGCUGUUUGGAAAUCCGCCAUGUCAGGAAGUUGUACGAAACAUACGACUAAUUAAAAGCGGAUACUUAAAGGAAAUUAUCGGAGCCUUUUUACGGACUUUUUCCAAGGAUUUUUAAACUCUGAAAUAGCUGGAGCUCAACCAGCUAGCGUUAGGUGGCUACCGUGGUGUUUUCAAAGUGCGGCGAGUGGAGCCGACAGGGCUGAGAGACGUCUGAACUUCACCCAACACGGAGCAAAUCGCCUUGUGGUCGGAUUGCCGAGGCCACGGGGCGAAGAUCGGUCCAACUCCGGGCCGGGCCGAGGGGAUUUUCUCCCCGCAUCGAGCAUCGUGCGCCGCGGCGGAGUGUCGAGAAACAUGGCAGAUGGUGACAUGCGCCUGCCCACAAUGUGGCGGAGCGUACAAACCUGAGCCAGAAAACCACGGACUUCUCCCCUACAGUUUCGCCUCUUCUCUCCGUUUUGUUAACUCGGACGUAAUCAAACAGUUUGAAGCAUUUCCCCCCCUCGCCGUUUUGCCGGGUCGGUGGCCUGAGUUUACUUUUGGUUGUUUAGUUUAAGCAGCUAAUGCGCGUAGGCCGGAGAGACGGCGGCCAGCGCACCACCAGUACUGUUUUUAUACUUUUCCACAGUUGGCGAACAAAACCGCUGCUCAGAUAAUCAGUCGUGGUACAGUUUUUACACGCGAAACUUGAUGUAGUUUGGCUUUGAGGCUGUUUUUAACUCGUUUGUGGGGAUAUUUAAGUGGAAAGGGGUUAGUUUUUUAGCAUGUGGAGACUCUAGACAGCACGUUGUUUACAAGUGGAGACGGGAGGCUCUCCUAAGAAGCUCUUUUGUAACAGUGACCCACUGCGGCAGCUAAGCUAAUCCGUGCUUGUUGGCUUCAUAGCUUUACAGUGGGGGGAAAAGGUAUGUUUUAAAAUCAAGAAAACGAAUUGGGCUAAUAUAUAUUUGACGAGUACGGUACAAAAAAUAGUUUUGUAACUUUUGAAUUUGCGCGUAAAUGAUUGGAUAAUUUUUGAGAAGCAUUUUCCCCCUCUCAUUUGAUUUUUAAAUAUUUUUUCCCCACACACCGGUUUAAAAUCCAUUAACAUAUUUAGAUUGGGUGAUUAAAAAAGGCGUGAUUGUAAUAUAUUUAGUUCAGUGAUUUAUCAGGUGAAUCAAAAGUUGUAAUAGUGUGGCUGUAAUUUGCAGAUCCAGAUGUUUUGCUGUUCUCUCUCCACUUUGCCUCACUGUGUUUUUUUUUUUAUUCAAACAAAGAAAUUGUCAUGCCAGCCCUCCUUUAUUCUAUGUAAAUCGGAAGGUUUAUGAUAGUUACUAUUAAGGAGAUUAUUUGGGUUCCCUAAUCUCCAAUCUCAGGAUUAACUGAAGCUAUUGGUGUAUCCAGAUUAUUGUGUCUCUUUUCUACUAUUUACCCCCCAUAGUGGAUGAAACAUAUUGUUUUUGUGUCAGGAAGUUAGUGGACUCACAACAUUGGCACUGGCUCCGUCUGGAUCCACUUUGCUUAUUAUUCCUUUUAACGUUAAAUGUGUUAAGUGAUACCAGUUUGUGUUUGGAGAGUCCAGUUUUGGGGUUUUUCACUCACCAGCCUCUCGCCAUGGAGGAAUCAUCGGUACCCCCGAUUGACCCAGAUUUUGAGCCGCAGAGCAGACCUCGGUCGUGCACAUGGCCCCUACCGAGACCCGACAUCUCAGCUGUCAAAGCGGAGGGUGCAGACGGCUCGGAGUCCGCCGCCGGGACCCCGCCCGCCGACGAGGACAAGCAGGAGCCACAGCAAAUCAUAUCCGAGCCUGAGAAAGUUGCGGCGUCCGAGGGCGGAGUCGUGGCCGGAGUGGGCGGCGCAACGCCCCGAAAAGGAUCAUCUAGGCGUAAUGCAUGGGGUAACCAGUCCUACGCUGAUCUGAUUAGUCAGGCGAUAGAAAACUCGCCUGAGAAGCGCCUCACCUUGGCGCAGAUCUAUGACUGGAUGGUGAAAACGGUGCCUUACUUCAAAGACAAAGGGGACAGCAACAGCUCUGCAGGGUGGAAGAAUUCAAUCCGCCACAAUUUAUCACUCCACAACAAGUUCCUGAGGGUUCAUAACGAGUCUACUGGCAAGAGCUCAUGGUGGAUGCUCAACCCAGAGGGCGGCAAGACCGGGAAAGCCCCCCGCCGCCGGGCCGCCUCCAUGGACAACAGCAGCAAACUGCUGAAGAGUCGGAUGAGGGCCAAGCAGACCAAGAAGCAGGCGAGUGCAGCAGGCCUGGGGGGCGCUGGUGGGGCGCUGCAGGGUGACGGCAGCACAGGAUCAGGAGGUGCAGACAGCCCUAACUCAUCCCAGCAGUUUCCUAAAUGGGGGGUCAACAGCAGCAGUCCCUCGUCCCGUGGCAGUCUGGAUGACCCCGACAUGUGGACCAGCUUCCGCCCACGAACAAGCUCAAACGCCAGUACGUUGAGUGGUCGUCUGUCGCCCAUCGCAACCGGCCAGGAAGAGGAGGACGACCUGCCUGAGGAGGGGCUGCUGAGUAGCUACUCCACUGGCAGCUUGCCCCCCACCCUCACCGAAACCCUCAUGGAGGAGUUGGAUCUGAUUGAUGGGCUGACGCUGAUGACUGGACAGCAAGGAGGGGCCAGUCCCAGCACGGCCCCCCCAGCACCCCCUACUCCGCUGCCCUCUGCCUCAACUCUGCUGCCCCGAGGUUCCAGCUUCCCCUCCUUCCGCCAGCUACAGCCAUCCAACCUGCAGCCGCCCACACAGACCGGGACCCAGUCCUCCGUCUCGCAGUGUGGCCCCAACAACACCAAGCCGUCAAACUUCGGCAACUCUCUCUUCAACCCCAUGUCCGGCUCAGGCUCCUGUGGGAGCGGCCACUAUGGCACCCAUGUACCCUCCAGCCUGGAGGCGCUGCUCACCUCUGACUCCCCUCCUCCCAGUGAUGUCAUGAUGACCCAGGUGGACCCUCUCAUGCCCAGUCCUGGAGGGGUGGGCUUGAUGGGCCUGGGCACAGCUAUGGUGGCCGGGAGGCCCAAACCUAACCAGCUGAUGUUGGGUAAGGGGCUUGAGCCGAACACGGUGGCACCCAUGGCGCUGCAGACGCAAAUGCAGCCACCGCAGCAGCACCACCUUCACCACCAGCAGCAGCCACAGCAGCAGCAACAACAACAACAACAACCACAACAUCAGCAUCACUCUCAGAUGGGGCUGGGGAUGAUCCUCUCAGGCAUGACCCAGGACCCCCCACAACUCUCAACCAUCAAAACCCAGCAUACCCAGGUGCCAGCUGUGGGUCCUCCUCAUCACGGGGGCUCCAUCGCCUCAGCCAAUCCCAGCGGGAACCUGCAGGGCAUGGGCCAGUUCGGAGCUCCAUCCUGCUUCCUACCCAGUCAAGACCGGCUGCCCACAGACCUGGAUAUAGACAUGUUCACCGAAAACCUGGAUUGUGACGUGGACUACAUCAUCAACAGUGACCUCAUGGAAGACGGCAUCGACUUCAACUUUGACCCCAUACUGCCUGGAAGCCAAGGCUACACCGGCCCACCGGCCACCACACAAAGCUCUGCCCACAACUGGGUGCCCAGCUAAGUUCUCAGCGAACCAGGCAAAGUUAGCCAGGAACCGAUCUCCAAUCAAGAUAACCUCACAAAACGACAGAAACGAACUAGAUAAACUGGUGCAUUCCUCCUCCCUACCGGCUGAAGAUAUAUUUUCAAAGAUUUCCGUUCCUGUUGGAUUUUAAAGACAAAACCAGACCUCACCCACAUCGUGUGCCAAGACAUGCAGAAGACAGGGAGGGGACUUAGGCUACUCUACACAGUUUUCUCCUUUUUUUAACACUUGCAACUUUUUGGCUGCUGGCCCCAUUUUUUCUUUAUUUUAAUCUUGACAGAUGUUUUUGAGAAAUGUGUGCCGAAAUGUUUUAGAGUGAAAAGACAAAUCACAGCUAAGAACUAUUUGCUGCGAAUUAAUAUUACAGUUAAGUUACACCAAAAUAGCUUUAGGGUGGAUAUGGUACCUCUGCUCUUGAUGGUAUUGGAAGCCUCGAUGGAUUGUGCAUUUUUGGACAAAUGGCCAAUUUUCCAUCGAACUUCGAUUUGUGAACUCUUCGCCUUGCAUGAAAUGCCAGGCCUUCAGAAAGCCGUCAAGAUUAAGGUGUAAACUUUCCUCCUCUGCCCUGUCCCCGGUGGAGAGAACUUAAAAAAGGGGGCUGUUGAAAACAUUUGUGGUAUCGGCUUCUGACUUUGUCGUGACGUGGAGGAUAAAGACUGUGGAUGAUACUGAGGUUGCAGAUGCUUGAUUGAACAUUGGCUGCACAUUUUGACCUUACGUGUACUUGGAUGAUUCAUAUGAUUUCAUUCUCCUUUAGAGUGAGAGAGAGGAUACAAGUUAAUGCAUUUUUUUUCUCCAAUGAAAUUUGGUGAUUGAUUUAACAGUAAGUGGGUAUGUGUUUGCAGUUUGGCAUUUUUGACUUCAAUCCAGUGUGUUUAAAGCGAUAGGUAGAUGUCAGUUAGAGGGACUUUAUUUUUUAAUCCCUGAUGUGCAGUUAAACUAACAAAAUGAAGAAAUGUGAUUUGUGAAUUUACACACAGGGCAUUCAAGGAUGAACUUAUUUGCCAACAUGUGAUUGGUUGGCCAAGUAUUAAUAUUGUCUUAGACAGCAGUAUGCCUCCACUGUUAAAUGGUCCACCGGAUGUGUUUCCAUAUUUUUUUUUUUCCUUGCAGCUUCUGUGCAUUUUCAAAGCACUUAGCGUUUCCUGUCAUGUGGCUCGCACACGGGGACCCGGAAUAGGAGACUACAUCCAAGUUAGGUUGUACCAUUUCAUUAAAAGAGAAUUUUUUUUUUUUAAAGCAGAAUACAUGUUAUGUACACAUUGCACAUAAACAUGGCACGCUAUGCAGAUUUGUCAGGAGAACUAAAUGAAAUCUUGAAGGAAAUUUAAAAAUCACUUCUUGAAGGUUUUUGCUAUUUAACGUUUUCCUGAUAAUUGUGGUGUCCCUUUAAUUCAGGGGCACGGGGGCUUCAUGUGAGAAAAUCCUCUCACACAUUACACUUUGUUAUACAGUACUAACAGUCCUUUUCGAGAAAUUAAUACAAUGUGUGAGAAGUAAAAAAAAUAUAUAUAUUUGAUUAUAGUUUUAAUAUACAAUUUAGAUGGAGGUAAUAAAUGAAAUAAUACAUAUGAAUAUAUUACUAAUCAGAAGCAAAGGUUUUCUUUUUUUUUUUUUUACAUUGGCGUAAGCAAUUUCAGAUCAUUUUUAACGGUAAUUUUCUAUACUUUUAUUUUUGUAAAGGAUGAGAUGCAUGUAGAUUUUUUACAUAACCAAAGGAACACUAAUAUUUGCAUGGCAGUUAGGGAGCGCUUGGGCCUGACACAGUAUCUCGGUGUAGAUAAGCUUUGCAAAACAAACAAACAAACAAACAAAAGAUGCCUGUUUCGAGGAAAUCUGACGUCGGAAGACACGGCUGAUGAGGCAAAGUGCAUCCAUACUUGACCAGUUUGAACUUAGAUUCCCUACAAGAACUGCCUCUUUAAGUGUUUUUUUUUUUUCCUUUUUCUUGUUUGCAUAAAUGAAUCCAAGUAAAAAUCAGCUUGAAAUGUGGCGGCACAGAGCAUCCCGUGUUCCCCGCCUGUCAACAUGCCGAAUUCUCAUCUCAAAUAAUAAUAAUAAUGAAAAAAAAAACAAACAAACUGAAUGCAACAAUUAACUCUCAGGGUCACUCAAAAGAGUAAACAACAGGAAAACAAUUGUGUACAGGAGCAAUCAAGAUGAUACUUGUGAGAGUAGCGAGAAUAUUUAUUUUACUUUUAUUUUCUGUGUUGAGACAGACUGGAAACCAGCACCCCGUCUCGUUCUGUUUUCCUGGAGACAUUAACUCUUUAAUUGUUGACGCAGAAGAGUUGAUCCAAAUUGGACUUCCAUUUUUAUAGCGAAAAGUGCAAGUGCGCUCUAGCACAUUUCUAUCAGUUACUAGCCUGUCCCUUGAGAUUGAUUGACUGCCAAUAUUGAACACUAUAGCAUGUCUCUCUGUAGCAAAACGGACUUCAAGUUUUAACCCCCCUCCUCCUUCCCGUUUUACUUAAAUGUUGUGUUUUGUGUUAGCCUAAAGUUGGUAUUUAAUUAUUGUUCAUAAGUGGUGAAGGUCAGGUAAACUUUUUACUUUUUUUUUUUUUUUUCGUUUGUGGAUCAGAAUUUCAAACCGAAAUGAAUCCCUACAGUUAUUAAACUUCUAUAUUCAUCAUUUCACUGUAGCUAUAUGAAUAUGUUAGCCUCUAAUUUGUACAAAGCACUCUUUCCCAACUGUUUUUUUUUUCUUUUCUUUUUUCUGGUGCUAGAUGUCAUCUGUGGCAUAUCACAUGUAUGCCGUGAGGCAAUUGGGUGCGUAUUUGCAUAGAAAUCAGGGCCUUUUAAAUCUGUAUACAGCACAAGGGUCUUGAUUUGGUAUUAAGGUAAUAGCACACAAUCAAUCCCUCUCUAUUUUUAUAUAUUAUAUAAUCCCCAACCUUUUCACUUAAGGAGUAGAUUUGGGAGAGAAAUGAAUGAUCAGUUUGUUUCUUAUCCCAUGAAAUCAUGAUAAGGAGAUAAUGAUAUAAUCAUUUUAGAAUGUUUUAUAUGCAGAAAACCCCCAGUUUUUAUAUACUUUAGCUAAAGGCCGGCCAUUUGGGAUCGUUUCCUCCUUUUUUUGAGUAUCAGCUGUUCCUAUUAACGUCUGAUAGGAAAGACUGCACCUUAAAUUGGGAGUGGUGGUUGAUUUAACAUUGUGGAUGGAUGUGCAUCACUGUAGUAUUGGCCAGGCCAGGCCUUGAUGUCUGCAUAGCGCACUCUACUACUGCCUCCUAAGCAGGCAGCUGUGGUGUUAUUCCCCUUGUAUCUCCCCUUUAUAUAAUUACAGCUGUCUUUAUAUUCUUUUUCCUCAGUUUCCUUCAUCUUCUUAUAAAGUAGCAUUUAGUCACUGUAUGUUUCUUAUUUUGAAAUUAAAUUUGCCCCAUUUGAUACAGUAUUUUAGUAUUUUGGAAAGGGUUGUUUUCUACUUUUACUUUGAAAAGGGGUGGGGUUCAGGGAAUGAUGAGUUGUGCAUAAGCCAAUUAUGUUUAUUACUUUGAGUUAUGUUGAGUUUUUUUUUCUUUCUUCUCCCCCAAUCUUUCUUUACAUAUUGUAAAGUCAGCCAGAGAUGACAGUAAACACAGUUCUGAACAGCAGAAAUAAACUUAAUCUGUUUAACCCA